GUUUCUCACACACUGAAGAAAGCUGAGUCACAUCUAAAUGCCGCUGCUGCUAACGCUAACAGCGAAGGAGACGGGAUUUCUGUGUUUAUUGCUUCUCGCUAUUAUUGAACCAUGUUGACGAUUACGCUGAAAACUCUACAACAACAAACCUUUAAGAUACAAAUGGACGAAGAGCUGACGGUACGUGCUCUUAAAGAGAAGAUUGAAUCUGAAAAGGGCCAGGAUGCUUAUCCCAUAGCUGGACAGAAGCUCAUCUAUGCAGGGAAAAUCUUGAAUGAUGACAUACCUUUAAAAGAAUACAAAAUAGAGGAGAAGAACUUUGUUGUGGUCAUGGUAACUAAGCCGAAACCAGCAGCUCCUCCUGUGGUUGCUAUUCCUCUCCCUGACCUUUCACUUCAGUCCCUUUCUAUACCUGCUCCCCCUCCAUCUGCCCCAGCAGCUCCUGAACCCACCCCAACCUCCACAUCCACCUCUGUAACUGCUGCUGUACCCACUCCUACAACUGCCCCUGCACCCAUCACCCCUGCAUCUGCGCCUGCACCCACCAUCACCCCUGCGUCGGCCCCUGCACCCACCAUCGCCCCUGCAUCGGCCCCUGCACCCACUAUCACCUCUGCAUCUGCCCCUGCACCCACUAUCACCCCUGCAUCUGCCCCUGAACCCACUAUCACCCCUGCAUCUGCCCCAGCACCUACACCCACACCUGCCCUUGUUGAACCACUACAGUCUGUGGAGCCUCCUGCUCCUCCAGCCACAGUGCCCCCUGCUGCUGCCCCUGCUGCCAGUGUGGAGUCAGUGGAGACGGAGAGUGCAAGUGCUCAGGCUACAUCUGCAGAUCAGCCGCAGAGAGCCGAACCAGAGCAGCCAUCAAACCCCACUGCAGCUCUCUCAGCUGCCAGCAUUAUGGAUGAACUGGGCCUUUUGGAAGAAGCAGCAUCAAUACUUGUCACAGGACAGGCAUAUGAGAAUUUGGUGACCGAGAUCAUGUCCAUGGGAUAUGAGAGGGAGCAGGUUGUCGCCGCCUUGAGAGCGAGCUACAACAAUCCUGACCGAGCGGUGGAAUACCUGCUCAUGGGUAUUCCUGCUGAACCAGAGCAGCCUGCACAGGAAGCAGUGCGACCGGCCGCAGAAACCGAGAGACCUCAACCUCCACCAGCAGCCACUGGUGCUACGCCCUCCCAGGCCCCGCCCACUUCAGGUAACCCCCUGGAGUUCCUGAGGAACCAGCCUCAGUUCCAACAAAUGCGUCAGAUCAUCCAGCAGAACCCGGCGCUCCUCCCUGCCCUGCUGCAGCAACUGGGCCGGGAUAACCCUCAGCUCCUGCAGCAAAUCACGCAGCACCAGGAGCGAUUUGUGCAGAUGCUUAAUGAGCCGCUGGGAGGAGAAGCGGAGGCAGCAGAAGCACAGGGAGCUCCACACACUAACUACAUCCAGGUCACACAGCAGGAGAAAGAGGCCAUCGAGCGGUUAAAAGCUUUGGGUUUCCCUGAGGGACUAGUCAUUCAGGCUUAUUUCGCCUGUGAAAAAAACGAGAACCUAGCAGCCAACUUCCUGCUCCAGCAGACCUUCGACGACGAGUGAAUGUGUAACAUGGACUGAAACCCUAGGGGGCGAUGGAGAGCCUGAGAGUGCUAGUUUGUGUAGUGUGCGCUUGUGGCAGAGUUUGAGAGAUUUUAAAUGCGAUUGCGAGUACAUUACGUUGGAGUGAAAAGCCAUUUUGUGAAUUACUCUAAUAUCAGAGAUCAGAUUUCUGCCUGUAUUAGAUUAUUUCACUUAGACAGUAGGCUGUGUCUCUGCUGCUGCUGAUCUUGCCGAGCGUGCCGUGUGAAUUUGCAGGUUUUUAUCUCUGCUCUAAGUUAUUGCAGUUAAAUUCUGCCAAGACCCAUCAUGUCCUUACAGUAUGUGUGGCACAUGGUCUUGCUUUUUUGUUUAUAAUUUUCACAAAUGCUCUAUAAUCUGUAGUCAGAAAAUGGGAUGUACCAUUCUUUAAAGAACUGAAUUUUAUGACUUUGACUUGGAAAUAACACAGUACUACCACACGUCCAACGAAUAGACAACAAAUAAUAUUGAAACAAUUCUCUCGCCAAACGUCUUGACAGUGUUUGGUGUCUUAUCAAGGCACUUGAAUAAAUGGGGAUGCCAAAA